AGUCUUGUGAAACUUAGGAUAAAUGUGGAAUUUGUAUAUAUGGUUAUAUCAGUCCAGAGUAUAUGAUGUUACUAAACCUUAGUAGUGCUAAAUUAGUAAGAUAAAGGCUUAUCAUUAUUUUUAGUAUGCCCUGAUCCAACAAAAUUAUGUUCUUUAGAUUAAACAGGAACUAUAAAAAUAAGUUCCUUUUGUAUGGAGGGUUAAUCAAAGGAUUUGAAUAACAUUAGUAUUUAUUCUAUUAUGGACUUUGAUAGAUUGUCAAAAGUGUGAAGAAAAUUGUUUAUCGUGUGGAUUUUAUAAAUCUUCCGCUGGAAAUUAAUAUUCUACUUGUGAUUUUUGUUCAGUUGGCUAAUAAUUAGUGAUUACUUAAAAACAAGUGUAUAAGUUUUUAAGAGUGUGUAGCAAAAUAUGAUUACGAACUCAUAAAUCAAUUUGAAUAUCUAGAUAAUUUAUAUAAAUAUGGGUCUUAUAAGUAAUUUUAUAUAUGAAGCAUUUAGUUGACUUGUAAACAAUGUAAUUUAGGAUAUUCUCCUUAAGA